UACGAGUACGAGACGGAUAUUGUACAUUUCAAUUUUAACUGACACAUCUAUUCAGUUUGGAGAAGAUACGCAGGAGAAAAAACAUUGAAAUGUGUUGUCCCAUUAGGAAAUAGGUUUCCAAGUUUACGUCUGGAAAGCUUUAAAAACAAGACACCGUCAGAUGAAGCGAUGCGAAAAGUUAGAAUAAGGCAUGGAUACAGUACCGUUAGACUAGCUAGCCGGUGUGGCAGUCAGAGUCAUAUCAAAGGAACAAUGUUGCAGUUCCGCGGACACACCUUGGACUGUUGAGGAGUGUACUAGUGUCUCGUCAACUCCCCAACAAUAGGUCAUUUAAAGUCCAGCUUGGUUGCCGAAGACGUACACAACAGCGAGGGGAUUUACAGAGGGAUGUUAAGAGACAUGAUGCGGUCUAUGCUUUAUUAUGUCUACCUCCGAUGAUGGUCACCGCCCUGCCCUGCCGCAGUGAGGGAGAGCUGGCCCGCAACGCGCCGGCCGAGCGCUGAGACAGAGGGAGACCAGACAGACGGGCUGACGGAGGGCUCGUCGCCCCUGCUCUCCUGGUCAUGGAGGCCCAGCUAGUCCUGCUGCAGCUGGGGGCGGCCCUGGUCCUCCUGACCACGGUGCCGCAGACGAACGCGGCCGGCCAGGUCUACACCAACACCUGGGCCGUUCGCAUCCAGGGCGGCCCCGAGCAGGCCGACCUCGUCGCCAGGAAGCACGGCUUCGUCAACCACGGCAAUGUGUUUGGAGAUUACUAUCAUUUCCGCCAUCACUCGGUCGCCAAGAGGUCCUUAUCGGGCCACAGCAGGACCCACGCUCUCCUCCAGGAGGAACCACAGGUGCAGUGGACGGAGCAACAGGUGGCGAAGCCGAGGAAGAAGAGGGAUAUCUACGAAGCGCCGUCAGACCCCAAGUUCUCCGAGCAGUGGUACCUGUCCAGCCCCAGUCACCAGGACCUGAACACCAGAGAGGCAUGGGCCCAGGGCUACACAGGCAGGGGGGUGGUGGUCACCAUCCUGGACGACGGCAUUGAGAAGGACCACCCCGACCUGGCCCCCAACUACGACCCCGACGCCAGCUACGACGUCAACGAUGGAGACUCGGACCCGCAGCCGCGCUACACCCAGCGCAACGAGAACAGACAUGGGACCCGCUGUGCAGGAGAGGUGGCAGCGUCAGCCAACAACGGCGUGUGUGGCGUGGGCGUGGCCUACAACGCCAGAAUUGGAGGCGUGCGUAUGCUGGACGGGGAGGUGACCGACGUGGUGGAGGCCCACUCUCUCAGCAUGAACUCUCAGCACGUCCACGUGUACAGCGCCAGCUGGGGCCCCGAGGACGACGGGAAGACGGUGGACGGCCCCGCCAAGCUGGCCAAGGAGGCCUUCCUGCGAGGGGUCACGGAGGGCCGUGGCGGGCUGGGCUCCAUCUUCGUGUGGGCGUCGGGUAACGGCGGGCGGGAGAGGGACAGCUGCAACUGCGACGGCUACACCAACAGCAUCUACACCCUGUCCAUCAGCAGCACCACCCAGUACGGCAACGUGCCCUGGUACAGCGAGGCCUGCUCCUCCACCCUGGCCACCACCUACAGCUCCGGAAACCCUGGAGAGAAGCAGAUUGUGACCACGGACCUGAGGCAGAAGUGCACCGACUCUCACACGGGGACGUCUGCCUCCGCCCCGCUGGCAGCCGGCAUCAUCGCCCUGGCGCUGGAGGCCAAUGCCAACCUGACGUGGAGGGACAUGCAGCACCUGGUGGUGAGGACCUCCCAGCCGGCUCACCUCAGCGCAGACGACUGGAAGACCAACGGGAUGGGCCGGAGAGUGAGCCACUCCUAUGGCUACGGUCUGCUGGAUGCAGGGGCCAUGGUGGCUUUGGCGCAGAACUGGACCAGCGUGGGACCCCAGCACCAGUGUGUCCUCACCAUGCUGUCAGAGCCCAGGGAGAUGGGCAGCCGGCUGGUGUUCAGCAGGAGCGUGGACGCGUGCUGGGGGAGGCCGGAGUACGUGAGCUCCCUUGAGCACGUCCAGGCUCGUCUCAGCCUCUCCUACACUCACAGGGGCAGCCUGGCCAUCCACCUCAGCAGCCCGCUAGGAACACGCUCCACACUGCUGGCAGACAGGCCUAAGGACUCCUCGUCUGAGGGUUUUAAUGACUGGGCCUUCAUGACCACCCACUCCUGGGACGAAGACCCUCGAGGGGAGUGGACUCUGGAGAUAGAGAACAUGGCAGGAGGAGAGCGGGACUAUGGCAUGCUGACUCAGUUCAGUCUGAUCCUGUACGGCACGGGCUCCAGCGCCAUCAGCCCCUCGUCUCCCGACUUCCCCCGGCCGUCCAACAACAGCUGCAAGACCUUCGACGCCCAGCAGAUAUGCAUCGAGUGCAGCCCAGGCUUCUCCCUCUUCCUCCAGGGCUGCGUGAAGAUGUGCCCCCCCGGCUUCACCUCCGGCCCGCAGCUCCUCAACCUGUCCCUGGAGACCUGGGUGGACCUGUCCUCCGUCCAGGCCUGCCUGCCCUGCAACGCCGCCUGCCUCACCUGCGCCGGGCCCGGCCCCUCCGACUGCCUCUCCUGUCCCCCUCACAGCCACCUGGUGCUCAGCUCCUGUCCGCAUCAGAACCAGGUCCAGCGCAAGUCCCCCAUCAGCCGCCUGCUGCCCGCCGAGGACUCUCACCCGGCUGGGGAGAGCUCAGCUGGAGGAGGCGGCGGGGGAGAGGCCCAGGCUCCGGGGCCGGGCCCGUCUCCAUCCUCCUCUCCCGUUCCCACCAAGGUGGCCGUGCUCAGCUGUGCCUUCAUCCUGGCUGCCUUCGGCGGCCUCUUCCUGCUGUUGCAGCUGCGCUCGGGCGGCGCCCCCUGGGCCUGGAGGAGCAGGCUGCGCGCCGCGGAGGGCGGAGGGUUCCGGCUGGGCUCGGGCCUGGGCCGGGGCUGGGAGAGGAAGACCCGGGUGUGCUACAAGGGCAUCCCCACCGUGUGGGGCGACGAGGACAUGGCGAGGCCCAGCGAGGAGUCCGACAGCGAGGAGCCGGACUCGCACAGCGAGAGAACGGCCUUUAUCAGGACACAGAGUUCUCUCUAGCGACCCCCCACCCCCGCCCACUACUGGCUCUCCUGCAGGCUGGACUCUGCACGCCCCUUCAUACGACGACCGCCACCCAGGCAUCCAUGAUUAUCAGACGGUUCUCUGGGGAGUACAUUUCACUGGAUGUUCGCCCCAACCCGCGGCGCCGUCGAAUCAGUUCAUGUUCGCUCUUUGAAGAGAGCAUAUCGGCCUAGCGAGGCGUAGCAGAGUUUAGUUUGGGUUUUCAGUUGUUGCGCUCUUUUUAAUUGUCCCUUGAAUCCAGCCUAGAUGUACAUAUCAACAUUGUGAGCGUUUGUGUACAGUACAUGCUUGAGUGUGCUUGGGUGUAACUUGAUAUACAAGGGCUGUAAGCCCUUCCAGUCAAAUGACCAGUUAUCAAUUAUUUACAUGCUAAACCUUGAUUCAAUUCAUUAUCUCCUAGUUGGUUAUUUUCGGUUCAGACUUGCUCUCUCCUGCUGCUUGCUAUGUAAGACCGUGAUGAUGAGUUGAGCUUAGCAUUCUCCACAGUAUACUGCUAGUACAAAAGAGGAUUCUUUUAAAAUGUGUAUGUUUCCUAUAAACAUGUUGUGUAACCUAAUGAGGCCCUUUGAGAUUAGAUGAGCAACACAGACAGCUCCGUGUCAGUAGAAUGUCAAUUUAUCAUUUUGGAGCAGGCCACUAGUUUCCAGCCGAUUAUGUUCCAGCAAUUCUUGUCCAACCAAUCGCCUUCGGCAAAGGCAUGCCUUCCUCCCUGGUUUCUUUUAUGAGACCACAGUCUAUGAAACUAGAGCUGGAGGAAAGCGCAGGUGUUCAGACAAGAAUAGAGCUUGCUGUUUCUCAUAUUUGAAUUCCUUUGGUGAUGUUACCUAGUGCAGCUUUAAGAUAAGCCUGAGGUCUGCAGGCCGAGCUGUUUUUAGAUUGUUCCUCAAAGCAAUAAGGUAUAGAGAGCCGUGAAGCGAUACCAUGGGAGCAGGUUCCACACAAGAUUGCAUACCAAGAGGAAGUAACUAGUGGUGUUGUAGAUUGAUGAGGGGGAUGUUUGCACAUAACUUGCUUACAGACACACAUACACACACACACACACACACACACACAGUCAGCACAAGCAGGGGUUUUAUGACUGCAGGUCGAACAAUGUCACAAUCGAAAUGUGUAGAAAUGAUCAGCUUGAGGAGAAAGAACUACGUAAGACAAAAACCUUGCCACAAAGCUGUGUGACCUUCUCAACAAUGUAUUUGGUUGCUAUUGGCUAGAUAUAAGAAAAUUUCGUCUUCAUUCACCCUGUGGAGAGAAUAUUGAUUUUUAGUUUGUCUCAAGUACAAGCGUCCGAAGUAAGAGCUUUUGCCAGUUAUUACUCUUUCACAAACAAACAUCCAGUAUGUGGCUUAUUUGAGCCAAGAUGAAGUGCAUAGCUUUUGGACCUGUCAAUGAAAUCAGAGCCUUAUGGAUCUUUAAGGCCAGAAUUGGUGAAAUGUUGUCAGAACAGCUUAUAUUGUAUCGUAUUUUAUAGAAUUUUGUUUUAUAUCCUUUUUUAUUUAACUGAUGAUUGAUGUCAAUUGUGGGGAUAACUUUCAUGCUGAAAUAAAGUGAUUCUGUAAAUCA